ACUCUCUUAUCUUAGAACCUAAUCUAAGGAUCAUGUCUCCGCCUUCUUUCUUCCUCUUCAAGUCACUCCAUUUCUCUCUUCCCAUCAUUCUCAUUGUAAUUGGUAUCGCUUGGGCUUCCACAAGUGCACAGGGUCCACCUUCGCCUGGCUACUAUCCAAGCUCAAGGUUUGGCUCCAUAGGGUUUGAUCAAGGGUUCAGAAACCUCUGGGGCCCUCGGCACCAAAGGCUAGACCAGGGCUCGUUGACAAUCUGGCUUGACACUAGUUCAGGAAGUGGGUUUAAGUCUCUUCACCCAUAUCAAUCUGGUUAUUUCAGUGCAUCCAUCAAGCUACAAACUGGUUAUACUGCUGGAGUUAUUACUUCUUUCUACCUCUCCAACAAUGAAGCCCACCCAGGCAACCAUGACGAGGUCGAUAUCGAGUUUCUGGGAACAACACCAGACAAGCCUUACACUCUUCAGACCAACGUCUUCGUCAGAGGAAGUGGUGAUGGAAACAUCAUUGGAAGAGAGAUGAAGUUCCACCUCUGGUUCGAUCCCACCAAGGAUUUCCACAACUAUGCCAUUUUAUGGACACCGAGUGAGAUCAUAUUUCUGGUGGAUGAUGUUCCUAUCAGGAGGUACCCGAGAAAGAGCGACGCGACCUUUCCCUCAAGGCCGAUGUGGGUGUACGGAUCGAUAUGGGACGCGUCAUCUUGGGCCACCGAGAACGGCAAGUACAAGGUGGACUACCGGUAUGAGCCGUUCGUGGGCAGGUACACCAAUUUCAGGCUGAGCGGGUGCGCCGCCGACAGGUCCGCCGGCUCGUGCAAUCCGCCCUCCGUCUCGCCCUCGGGAGCAGGCGGGCUGAGCCGGCAGCAGUACUUGGCGAUGGAGUGGGCGCAGAGGAACCACAUGGUCUACGACUAUUGUUCGGACCCCAAGAGAGACCACACGCUCACGCCCGAGUGCUGAAAGGGAGCUUGGGAAUCCGGACUUCGGUCGAGCUACUUCGAUCUUUUUCAGUGAUUGUUAGAAUUGGGGUUGCUUUUAGUUAUCAAACAGAUUGACUUUGGAGGUUCGUGAGAUGGGUCAAAACUUGCCCGGACCAAAGAAGCAGGUGCAAGAGGCCGGGUUGAGCGUCCAUGCCUUCAAAGAACAAAAGGUCGUGCUAUGUGGCCAUAGUUACAUCAAUUUGUGUUGGAAUAAUUUAAUAAUUAAGGUGUUCGUUUGCUGCUGAAGAACCUGAACUGUCCAUACAUGAGACGAUGAAUGAAUGUAUUCCAUUGUGUUAAUUUGAUCUAGUGGUGAAUUUAUGUGGAUCAAGUCUAUCAA